CCUUUAAGGUCAACAGUUCACGGUCGUUUAUGUUUGCACAGUGCAAAUUUCCUUUCAAGAAUUUGACAAAUGUUUCUUGCCUAAGAUAAAAUGCUUUAAUUAACUUGAGCCAUAUAAAAUGUGUCUGUGGCAUCCACAGCUGAGCCACUGCACAGUCUAGAGUUUCUGUUCUGAUGGCCAAAUUUUUCUGACUUGUGCAACUUUGGUCUGACCCAGACACAUCAAGGCCACACUGUACCAGUACAGGCACUAAACCCACAGUGAAGUUCCAGGGUCUUAGUCCAGGUUGGUGAAUAGAGCUACAAUAUUAGGCCCUGAAUUGAAAAAAAGGAAAAAAAAAUCACAAGGUCAUUGAAGUCUUUUAGUAACAAAACAAGCAGUCCAAAAUAGCCCUCAGGGUGUCAUAAGAAUGUCCAGACAUAUAAUUAUGUUGCAUCUCUCUACCAACCUCUGCUUGAAAAGAACAUUGUAAAUAAUGAACAAAUUCUUUAGAAACCACUGAACCACCUCACUGCCACUAUUUGUUUGCCUUUGCAAAUUCAGUGUCAUAUCUCUUGUCCCAUGCUCUUGUGGGUACGUACUCCAUUUCCCACCACCUUUGUUAGUACAGUGUACAACAUAAACACAAUUGCCAAGGAUUUAAAGCCUAGUAACAGUGACUGCUAAUGCCUUAACGUCUUUCUGGUCUCACAAUAUCUCAUUCGUUUGACUUGACUUGUGAAUGAGCCCCUUUGCUGUGAGCAUAGAGCAAAGAAUCCAUGCACAUCAAUACUCAUUGAUGUGCAUUGUAUCCAACAGCAAAGAGCCCAUUUUGUAAGGCAACAGUCACCCACAGUGUGCGCACACUCCAUGCAGAAUGGACAAAAUGCAGCUGGGAAAUGGGACAUUGCUAGUAGGCCUACUGCUUUGGGCAGUGUGCUUUGUCCAGUUAGUUUCAGCAGGAGUUGUGAUUAGCGAGUUGAACGCUGACAGUCUAACCCGAAUAGACACUCGGGAAUUUAUUGAGCUCUACAAUAGUGGUGACAGCCAGGUAUCGUUAGCUGACUAUGUUAUCGUACUGUAUGAUGGUUCUACUAAUGCCGCAUAUGCUGUCAUACCACUGCAAGACAGGACUCUGUGGCCAAAUACCUACUUUGUGAUUGGCUCUAGUUUUGUCAGUCCUGUACCAGACCAGACGUUCAGUUCCAGCAUUGACAUCUUGCAGAACGGUGUGGAUGCUGUCGCAUUGUAUCACGGCAGUUCAAGCCUGUUCACUGCGAACAUGUCUGUCACCGCUGACAGGUUGGUGGAUGCCGUAGUGUACGAUAACAGAGGAAGGGACAGUAGUUUUCUUCUCGAUGUCUUGACACCUGGCCAGCAGGUUCUUGAUGAGAUGCGCCAACACCUGAGGAGAGAGGACGAAUCCCUAAGCAGGUGUGGUGGAACAGACCCUCUGACACUGUCCCAGUUCCGGCUGACCCCAAUCACCCCAGGUGGUCCCAACAACUGCACGGCAGAUGAGACCCCGAUAGUGAUGCCUACCAUUCCAGGGGGAUUCCCCAAUCUCCCGUCCUUCCCACCAGACAUGGCCAACAUCUACCCAGACAUUGCCAUCAACGAGUUCAGUGUUGACCAGGGCUCCGGCCAAUUCAUCGAGCUGUACGACGGCGGUGUCGGCGGGAUAGUCUUGGAUGGCUUGAUCGUCGUAACCUACCGUGGGAGGAAUGAAGCAUCGUACCGUAGCCCCAUCGUCCUGGAUGGUCAAAUGACUGACGAAAAUGGCUACUUCCUGAUCGGCCAGGCCAGUCAACAACCUCAGUUUGAGCUCAGGUGGAAUCUUCAGACAAACAGACCUCCCAAUGCCAUUGCUUUGUACUUUGAUGACCCCAGCAAGUUUGAACGCAAUACCCCUGUAACUGGGGUUAAUUUAGUCGAUGCAGUCGUCUAUGGUGAUGCCUCGAACCCAGAGGACAGUGCCCUUGUUAACAUUCUCUCCCCUGGUCGCCAGCCUCUCGUUCAACCAGCAAACCAAGUCAAUACAUCCUUGAGUCGAUGUAGAUCAUCUGAGCGUCUCCGUUUGGAAGCCUUCACCAGUAGUAUUCAAACCCCGGGUGGGGAUAACAUGUGUACCCUCCCAGAUAUUGUUAUCAAUGAAGUCAAUGUGGCCACUGAAAAUGCACAGACCAAUCAGUUUAUUGAGAUCUUCGAUGGUGGAAUUGGUCAGCAACCCCUCGAUGGCAUUGCUCUCGUCCUUUACAACGGAAGAACCUCCCUCUCCUAUCAAGCAAUUGACCUGACGGGCUAUAGUACUAAUGUCCAAGGAUUUUGCGUGGUUGGAUGGAUGAACGGCACUAAUGUUGACAUCGGUCUAGAAUUUGACGUCAACGUCGGUUUUCUUCAACCGGGACCUGACGCCAUUGCUCUCCAUUUGAGCCCACCUCAGCGUUUCAGGAAAGGAAGCUUUGCCACUAACUACAAUCUGAUCGAUGCUGUUGUGUACGGGGAAGGCCCCGCUCUGGAUCUGCUUCAUGUGCUCCUUCCGCAUCAACCCAUCCUGAACGAAGAAGGAAGCAGCACCUCGUCAGGGGACCGGUCCAUCAGUCGGUGCUCUUGCUGCCAACGGUUGGACUCAAGGUCUUUCGGAGUGGGCCAAGCUUCGCCGGGAGCCAUCAAUGCAGAUUGCCUACAGAACAACGUGACACACGUCGAAACCAUCGACCACUACAUGGAUCUACUUCGCCUGAAUGAGAUUCGGAUCGUCCAGCCCGGACUGCCUCAGGGAGAUUUUGUGGAACUCUACGAUGGUGGAUUCGGUCAAAUCCCCCUGGAUAACAUGGUGCUUGUCCUCUACAGAACCCAAGGAGAAAGCUCCUACAGAGCCAUUGAUUUGCACAACUACCAGACUGAUGCCGAUGGAUUCUUUGUGAUUGGUCCCUCUUCCAUCCAGUCGUCACGGUUACUGAUCAGCGAGAUCCAUUGGUUUGAUGGUAACACCGGUGCAGUGGCCAUAUACAAGGGUUCGUCGGCAGAUUUUCCCGACGGUACUCUGGCCACUUCUGCCAAUCUGAUAGAUGCCGUGGUCUAUGGGGAUAGCAACUUGUUGCUGUUAGAUCUCCUCACCCCGGGCCAGAGUGAGGUGAAGUACACGGUCGCUGCAGGAGAAACAGCAAUCCUUCGGUGCUACUCAAGAAAUGCGUUUGAGGUCCUGGCGUACGCUGAGGGCCCUCCUUCCCCGGGGAUGACCAACGUCUGCCCUCCACCUCCCAUCGUCAUCAAUGAGGUCAACAUCCUGGACAUGUCUGAGGCCGUUGGCCAGUACGUGGAGUUGUCCAGUGGUGGGAUCCCCCAGUUCCCCCUUAACGAUCUGCUUCUGUUUUUUUGGAGGGGAAACCCUAAUAGGAACCCGCGGUUGUACAAUACCGUGAGCAUCAGAAGUGCGCACACAGACAAAAAUGGCUUCUACCUCAUCGGCUACCGUGGACUGACCUCCCCCCGUCCAGACCAGACCCCCUUCCGAGUCCCCACGGGCAAGAUUAGAGAGGGCAGCAACGGCAUCUCACUGCACCGAGGACUGAAGAGUGCAGAUCACCCCAAGAAUUCGCCCCCGACAACCGAGGGUCUCGUGGACGUCAUCAUCCACGGUACGGACGAUGCCCAGACUGCUCAGCACCUGAUUGAGUAUUUCCGGCCCCACGCCCCCCGGUUCCAAAUCAACGAGGACGCCUCGUGGAGCCAUCGAGAUGAGUCAGUCAACCGCUGCGUGGACAGCCAGAACAACACGGUCUACCAGCUGGCCCACAUCACCCCCAAGGCACCCAAUCACUGCCCAAGUAGACCGGAUGCCGGCCUGAUCAUUAACGAACUGAACUUGAUACCGUCAGAGCAGUUUAUUGAGCUGUGGGAUCUUGGCGCUGGCUUCACUUCCCUCGAUGAUUUUGUGGUGGUGCUAUAUGGAGAAGGUGACGCCUCCUAUUGGACCAUACCACUGACUGGAUUCUCCACAGACAGCAUGGGUUACUUCAUCAUGGGGACCAUAAACGUACUGCCUAAGGCCCAGUUCUUGUUUGCCGAUGGGUUCAUGCGGCACAUGUACGGAGCUGUGGCAUUGUAUAGAGCAUCCACGGCAGCCUCAUUUCCAGAGAGUGGUCCGCCUUCAUCCCAGGGCCUGAUUGACGCUGUUGUCUACACAGACCUGAACAGUAAGCCCACGGGGCUAACCAACGUACUGACACCAAGCACAGCCUCAGGCUUUGAUUCCAGGACACUCCAGAUGUCUGGCUUCUCCUUGAGUCGCUGUCUGUCGCCCAGUCUACGUUCCCGUCGGCCGUUUGUCCUCCGGCCCCACACCCCGAGGAGCCUCAACGACUGCCCCACUUACUCCAACGAUGUCAUCAUCAACGAGGUCAACGUGGAGCACCCCGGCCAGGCUACGCAGGAGGAGUUCAUCGAACUCUAUGACGGUGGGGUGGGCAAUGUCAAGAUGCAGUACCUGAGCCUGGUCCUGUUCAACGGACACUACGACGACCGCUCCUAUGCAACCGUGGACUUGCAUGGCAAACGCACUGACCUCAAUGGCUACUUUGUGAUCGGUGCUCAGGAUACGGAAAGAGUGAAUCUCAAACUCAGGCCGAGAACCAGCGGGGGAUUCCUGCAAGAUGGGCCAGACGCCAUUGCCUUGUAUCGCGCCCCGAGCGGCGCCUUCCCACAGGGCACCCAGGCUACCUCCAGGAGUUUGGUGGAUGCCAUUGUUUACUCAACGGAGGACAACAGUCACAUCAGUCUGGUGGACAAGCUGCUUCCUGGCCGAUCUGUUGUCUUGGAGGACGCCAAUCAUGCGACGGGGGAUGAAACCAUCAACCGUUGCCACGGUAACCAGCGGCUCAGCCCUGAGGUGUUCAGCAUGGGCUUCCCGUCCCCAGGACGACCAAAUAACUGCAGCAGAUUCUCCAAUUCCAUCUACCCAGAUAUUGUUAUCAAUGAGGUCAACGUUGAGGCCAGUGGCGGGGCUGAGAGCGCUGGCGAGUUCAUUGAACUCACAGACAAAGGUCGAGGCAUGUCCUCAUUGGACGGUUUCCUACUGGUCCUGUUCAACGGAGCCAAUCAGGACCGGUCUUACUGGGAGAUGGAUCUCAGCGGACACAGGACCAACUUGAAUGGCUUCUUUGUUAUUGGAACAUCGAGUGUCAAGCCGACCCCCGACAUCUUGGUUCCAGAUGACUUCAUACAAAAUGGGCCUGAUGCUGUGGUUCUCUACCACACCCAGGCACGGCUCUUCCCCCGUGGAACCAUCGCAACCCCGCUGAACAUGGUGGACGUGAUCGUCUACCACACCGAGGCCUCCCUUACCGACGACAAGACUCUGUUGGACAAGCUAGCACCCGGUCAGAGAUCGGUCAUCGAAUACUCAGCCUACUCGGACAGAGACGAGUCUCUCUCGCGUUGUCUGAGUAACAACUCCAGGACGCUCUCCUCCUUCACGGUGUCGCAACCAACGCCAGGUCAACCUAACAUCUGCACCGGCAACCCAGUCAUCAUCAACGAGAUCAAACUCGACGGUGACUCGGUUGGGUUUGUUGAGCUGUAUGAUGGUGGGCAUGGCUCCACCCUCUUGGAUUCAUUAUCAGUGAAACUCUAUGACUCGGGAGGGUCAGGUGUAAGAACAUAUUCUGUCCAAUCUCUGAAUGGCAAAUCAACCAAUGGGAAUGGUUACUUUGUGUACGGCAAGCCCAGUGCAGAGUGGAAUGUUGAUCUGGAAAUUAGCACCAGUGACUUCUUGCACAGUGAUGUCUCCAGCGCUGUAGCCCUUUAUAAAGAUAACGAUCAGACCUCAGCGGCUGUCCUGCUUGAUGCCGUGGUGUACGGAGUCGAGAACCCCUCCAGCAUGGCUGUCCUGGAUCUGUUGACCCCGGGACAGCCCCAGGUCCAAGUCAGUCCCGACUUCGGCCGGGGAGAUGCGAGCAUCAGUCGCUGUGCUUGCUGCGUGCCGCUGGCCAGCGUGGCGUUUGCCCUGACCACGCCCACUCCUGGCCAGGAGAACCGGUGUCUGGUGGGCACCAGCGCCUCAACACCCAGCAAUGUCAUCAUCAGCGAGGUCAGUCCCCGGAACGGAGGAGCAGAGUCAGGGGAGUAUGUGGAGCUGAGGGGACCUCCUGGUGCCCACUUGGAUGCUUUCACUUUGGUGCUGUCUUCCUCGUCCAAAACGGGCCCAGUCUAUUACUACUCCCUCCCACUCACUCGGCGAGUCAUCCCAUCCGACGGCAUUUUUGUAAUCGGAUCUGGCAGCGUCAGCCCGCCCGUGGACGCACUCUUCCCACAGUCGGAAGAGGCUGUUAUCAGGCCGGGUGAGGGCGCUGUCAGCAUCUAUCGCAACUCUGACAGUCAGUUCAUCCAGGGCACCCCAGUGACGAGCGCAGGCCUGGUGGACGCGGUAGUAUUCACCAACGUCACUGAAGGGUCUUCAUCGGAGCUGAGUUCCAUUCUGGGCUUUGCCAGCAUCUACGCCAGAAACUUCAGUGCGGUGGCGGACAUUUCUGCACCCUCCAUAUCGCGCUGUGCAUGCUGCAACACCCAAGACCCAUCGGCCUUCACCCUCUCGGCCCGCACUCCCGGCGAGACCAACCGCUGCCCGAGGAGGGCCUUCAAACAGACGAUACAGAUGCACAUUCUGGAUGCAGCCUACGAAGUAUGGGUCACCAACCCACGGUUCACCGAUGACCUGAGGAGGCAGAUUGUUGCUGGGGUCAGUGCAGAGUGCAAGUGUAGUUUCAACGAGAACUACCUCAAAGACGAGAAGCUUCUCAACGGCAGUGUUUACUAUCAGGCAGACAUGUUGGCUCUGAGCAAGGCCCAUUCCAAGCUCCUCCUUGACAGCUAUAUUCAUUUUGUUGGCAAGGCAAAUCAGAUGAAUAUCUUGGGCAUGGAUUUCCACAUUGACAAGAAGUGCUUCUCUGAUUGCCUGUCGGGCGGUGGGAACUCCUCCAAAAGAGAGAAGCAGAAACACCAAGAUGUCAGUGCAGCUGUUCCUGUGGCCGUUGUCAUCAUUGUCAUUGUCACCAUUGCUGUAGUGGCCGUCAUGCUUUACAUCUUGUACCGGCGUCGCCAAGGAGGUCUAUCCUUCAUGAAGAAUCGAGGCAGCGGUGGGGAUGGGAGUGUGGCGGGGGAUUUCCGCGUGACCAGCAGCCGGGCCCUGAACGACCUGGAUGUCUUGGGCACGACGUCCGACAAUCACAACCCCACCGAUUUCUUUGCCAACCCCGUGUACAUGUAUGAGCCUCCCAGGGCGGUUACCCCUCAGCCUGGCCCACCGGCGAAGGCAGAGCCGAAGGUGGAAUCUGAUAGGCUGGCCAAGGAUGAAGGGUCUUCCCAGGCUAAUGGAGAGAGUGCAACAGUUGCCAGUGGUUUGUGAGUCUCGACCUAAAAGUGCCCAGCCCAUGAAACAUCGCAGUUCCUUUUUGUCAUUCAUAAGGGUUCAGUAAUUGUUCAUGGACUUGAUAAACAAAAAUGCAUGUGUAAUCCUGUGAGUUAUGUAACUGAUUAACAGAGUAAUUCAGUUAUAUUUUGUAAACCCAAAGUUGUUCUUAGUACGGACAAAUUUGACAUUAUGCAGUUCCUGUUGGCUUUCUGAAGGGUUGAUGGACUGAUUAUUGUUUGUACCAGUCUAAUUUCUUGUAAUGCAUGUUGCCACUUACAUGUACAAAUUUAGUCUCAACUCCAACUUUCCCCAAGGUGACUGCCAUGCUGCCUGUAGGGGCAGUAGGCUUUACUUUGUCUGACUUUGGAAAAUCCUUUUGCAAUCCGUAAUAUGGAAUUUCAGGCUAUUCAUGGGGAAAGACAGCAAUAGGUGGAAAGGCUUGCGGUAGCACCAUGAGAAAAAAGAACCGGGAGUAUUACUCAGUGUUUCGGACUGCGUGCUCAGUCUGUCGUCAGAACAAAUAGUUCACGUUUAUUACCAGCAAGUAUUUGGGUGUCUCUUAGUCUUCUGCCAGUCCAUAAUAGAUGACUCUUUAGGUUCAGCAGAUGUAUAUGAAAGCAUAGAUCUUCAUCUAAUCUGGCACCCAAUAUUCAAUGUCAGAAGAAUUUGGGGCAUAUAUAUACAACCUUCAAAUGAUGCUUUGCUAAGCGCAGCUUACUAACUCUUCCAGUGGUUGAGCACCUUGGAGUGAGGGACUGGGUUUGAAGCAUCAAACACGAUUUACAUAAACUGAACUCCUGACCCCAUGUUGAACCACACCUACCUCAUCCCUUAUGACUUUGUCAGUCCAUACCACUUAGUUUUGAGGGGGGUUUGACUUCCUCAGUCCCUCGGACUGGGCGGCAAUGGUCAAGCGAACACACCCCUCCCUGCACCCUGCCAUAGGUUUAUGCACGUUUCUUCCCUACGCUGCAAAUGGAUUCUGCAAGCUCUAUCUUGUUUACAAGUAAACCUGGAUGGGUUGCAGCUGUAUGGCACUGACGGUGUUGUGACUCGCUGUCUACAGGGGGAUUUUCAUUCCUUUUUAUGUAACCACAAGCCGUCUGAACAGUGUCACAGCUGGCUGAGAUUAGCCUACUUGGGGGCGGGGCCUUUGGAAGGAUGAAUGACAGAAUGAAUUAAUUAAUGGAGGGAGGGAUGAAGGAAUGCAAUUCAACAAGGUGCCUUAUCUAUAGACAGAAUACACACCAUUUUGUGACGAGGUUACUGCUUGUAAACAAUUUCAAAAUAUGUCUUUUGCCUGUGUUUGUGUCAUCCUACAUGCUAUCAAGUAAUAGCAAUAUCCCCAAAACCCCCUCUUCGGAGAGAUCAUUAUUUUAUUUUAGGGCCAAGCCAACAAAUUGCCUACAGAGACCUGUGUGUGCAUGAUCAUGUGUUGUCAAGCUGAGCUGUACGAGAUAACCCCCACUUGCUUGUAAAGUACAUCGUAGCUGAACAAUUUAUUUUAAUAACAGUGCAUUUGAUUACUUCCCCCGUGCUCACUCAUGCAACGGUGUCCGAUGUGACGCUCAAGUGACUUCUCCUGUUUACUUGGGCAUGGUCCAGUUACUUUGGAAAGUAUCCACAAUGCAGCGCAAACGAAUAUUGCUACAACAUGGUGGCUGUGUCAAACAGUUCAGAAGAUAAUUGAUGAUGCAUGUUGCGGCAGUUUGGCUCAAGUCACUUAAGUUUUGUAAUAGAAAGGUCUGACAGGUGUGUGUGAAUGUCCAAUGGCUUUCCACCAUUCAAAUUCGUUUUGAAAGUUUGUCUGGUCAGGGCACAUUACUUCUCACCAGAUCAGUUGUUCAUCACAUAUAGGGCAUGCCCAUGUUAACCUGUGAUAAUUCCAUGAAUGGGUCAUUCUAUAAAUUCAGGGUCCAAAAGUGUAACAUUUUAGUGUCCGUGUUACUCCUGACCUCUGUAAUUGUAAUGGUAAUAUCGCUGGAAUUGAUUUCAAACUAUUUCUAUUUGUUUGGCAGGUAAUUUGCAUUCAUUCAUAACUCUUGGAAAUUAGAAAUUGUGUUCUGAACUUACAAAAUCAUAUGUCAGAUGUGACAGGAACUUGAAAAUUAAUAAUCUCUAAUUAACAGAAAAACCGGAACGGCACAAUAAGUAACAUUUUUGCAAACUCUGUGGUUCAAGCAGACUAUACCCAUGUGCCCAUUUUUUCAUAAACCUCUCUAAAAUGUUAACUUUACACAUCUGAAAGCCAGGAGGAUGACCCAGGCAAUGUUACCAGUGAUUGACUAUUAACGGUGAGGUGGUAAUUUUUUUUUGAAAUUGAUACCAAUGAACGUUUUGCUCAGCAGAAUACAUUGGGAAUAGAAUUAUGUUAAAUCAUGUUUAAUAAUGUUCGGAGGCAUUUACUCCCUUUUUACCUCAAACUUCUGAGAUCUUCUCUGCCCUCUCUAAACCAACAGGCACUCUGCCCAAUCAAAAGAGGUUGAGAGUUUAUUUUGUGUUCAUGCAAUACCCCCCCAAAAAAACCAAAGAACCUGGACUUCUAGCACAACAGAUAAAUAUCUCCAUAUUUUCAUUGUUCACUGAGGAAGUGGCACCUUGAAUUCUGUCUGUAGCACAGUGUGGUUGUAUGUCAUCCACUUCAAACUUUGAAUGGGAGCAUUUUAAAAAAACAACAAUGUCCAUGGGCAACAAGUAGAAAUGGGUAAAAAAUGCCUGUUGCCUCUUGUUAGGGUUCCAUGAUUGAGUAUGCAAAAGAAUAUUCAUUGAUGUAUGGUUAAAAAAAUCCCUACUUUUGAAUAAUGUACAUUUUAGAUACUUACUUUUAGAUACAUUAUAUUUGUUAUCAAUGUAACGAAAGAGAUUUUACCGUUUAGAGUAAGUUGUAGGUUUAUAAUGUAGUCAGACUUGUAUAGUGAGAUUUAUAAGAGGCAGGAACACCUGUAACAAAUUUGAGUACUGCACUGUUUAUGCCUAAUAUCGCCCUUUGAGGAACCGCGAAAUAGCAUUCGUAUAACCCCGUAUUCAUGCUUGUUAGUGAGUUAUUGAAAAUAGUUUAGAAUUAACUGCUUAUUGUAAAUAGGAAUGCAGGGCUGCAGAAAUGUUCUACCAAAAUCACUUUUACACCACUAGGAAGAAAGGUAGCACUAUUUUUCUAUGUUUAGACAAUCAUUUGUAGCGUUUGCAUUUUAUAGAAAUUUUAUAUUUUUUAUAUGAAAAUUUUACAUGUGAAUCUGUUUUUCACAGCCAAUUAUUCUUCAUGCUAAGUGGGGUGUCGUACUUGGAAGGUACCAAUACUGUACUUUGAAUUAUAUUCAAGUUUUUUUUCCCAGUAAGUUCAAACUAAGCAGUACUGUAAUGUAAGUAUUGGUAGUAAUAAAAGAUGCAUCAUAUAGAUAGGAGUAUUUCUUGGAAUAUAAAUGCAUCUGGCUUAUAAUUGAUAUUUUGGUCCCCUGAAAGACAGUGCCUUGAAAGAUGUGUUUAAAAAUAUCCCCUAUGCCUGCUCAUUUUUCACUGUAAAAAACAUCCAUAUUCACCUGAUUCAUACUGUACCCGGCUUUGGAAAUUGUUUAUAUGCCUGCAUACAAGCUUGAAAAUAAUGAAAAGUAUAGAUUUUUAGUUUUCUUAUCUUGUAUAUAUUUCCCCAUUUUAAUCAUUUUCAUAAAGGAAAUGUUGGCAUGUUUUAAAUUUAUAGCGUCAAAACUUUCUCUUGAAGUUGCCCAUAUCGUGCAGGCGAUUGGACAUCUGUGAGUACAUGUAGAAGUUAGGAAAUAGAGAAAGUUACAAAACAAAUAGGAACUUAUGGCGGAAGUUUGUCAUCCAAUAAGGAAGACAUUUGCCAAGGCAAAUAAUGAGGUACUUUAGGAACUUCAAGGAGCUUAGGAAGGAGAGAGCAUACUUGAUACACGUAUACUUUUUUUGACAGAUUUCUUUUAUUUGUUUCGUUUAGCCUCGGCUGUUUAGUCAGCAAGAGUAUUGCUAAUUUUGUAACAGUUAUUUUUAAUUUUACAUUGGUGUCUUUCUUGAAUCUUUAUGAAAUGUAUCGAAUUAUACACCGUAAGCCGUAAGAAAAAAACAGAAAUAAAAGAAAUGUUAGUAUUCGUGUUUUUAUAGGGAA